AUGGGACCUUUUCGAGAUCAAGAGGCUUCUAAGCCUGACAAUCUUGGCCAGAGCGAGGAAGAGAGACCUAUCUCAGCCAUGGUCACUGACUGCGAGUCCAAAUUCACAAAGGGUAUCCAAUUUUUGAGUUCAAAGGGAGAGCGUAAACUCGAGAUCUCAACGGUCGACCCCGGUGCGUCAACUACAGACGAGUCCUCGGGCGAGUCCUCAGAUGAGGAGUUCGAUAUACGAAAAGUCGCACUUGAAGGUAUCCAGAAAUCAAUAAAUGAACUUGAUCGACUCACAAUUUGUAUACGCCUGCCUUCUUAUUCUUCUCUUGAUGCCCGGAUCAACGCGUUCGCAUCAAGAAAACCGGCAGAGAUCUCUUCCUUUGAGGUUAAGGCAAUAAUCGCAGUCCGAUGGCUAUACCCCAACGCUUCUGAAAACCUCCGUGUGUAUUUGAGCGAAUUGAUGACCCAUAGAUACACGAAAUUGCUAUACUGGCACUCCCAAGAAAAGAAACUGCGCAAAGACCGUCGACUCGAUAAGAAGCCCCAAGAUGACUCCAUACAGGUGCGGCAAGGACCGUCGCUUUUUGCUGCUCAAGAAUCACCGCCACAACCCUCAGCCAUAGAUGAGAAGCCAACUAUACCAAAGCCCGAACUAACCAGAGCCCCCCUUAGUACUUCAUUUCUAUCCGAGACCAGAGCAUCGGAUCCAGGUACCCAAUUUGCUAUACCGACGGCAGAAGACAAAGUGCCGUUUCCACGGAGAGCUGGAGCUUCAACCAUCCUCGGAAGCAGAGCGAAGUUCCCUAGCCCUCUCCAUUUUGAAGCUGGAGAGGUUACGAAACCUUGCCCUCUCUGCCGAAAGAGCUUCCUGGAGGCUGAUUUUAGCGAUGACACAUGGUGGAGAUGCCGCGUGAACGAAGACCUGCUACCUUUUGCGUGCAUUUCAAUUGCAUGUUUGCAGCCUCCAGCUUUUGCUAGUCGAUCUGACUGGAGAGCCCACAUUCAGAAAUUCCAUGGCACAUUCUGGCAAGGUCGCCCAGGCAAUAUAUUUCAGCCUCUCCACCCUGAGGCUGAGGAAUUAUCGGACUCGAGUCCGUCUACAAAUAUCUGCCCCCUCUGCUGCCUGCCACUCGAGGAAUCUAGAUACAUGCAUAUUGGUAUAUCUCUACCCCUGAUGUCAUCCGUAUCAUAG